AGGGGGAAAGGUCUCUCUAGUCUCAGAUGUGUUAUAAGGUCGGUGGUCCCCCAGGUGUCCCGGAGAAAGGUUGUCCUGGGUAGUUCGGGAGUGGUCGAAGUAUAUUGUUUGCUUCGUACUCUGCUGCGCUCACAUCAACCCUCCUUGUUGCUAAUCUUGACCGGAUAUCUCAAAAACCUCGGGAAUCAACAUGGGCGGCUUGAACCUCAACAUCGACUGGAAGUCCCACCGAUGGGCGGUCUUCUACUGCUUAGUAGCGACUAUUGGCGCCCUCUGCUAUGGCUACGAUACGAUCUACUACACCGGUAUCCAGGGCAUGCGGUAUUUUGCCCGUGACUAUGGCGAGCAACAGCCAGACGGCACAUACGAACUCGGCACCACAUUCCUCUCAGUAUCAGCAUCCAUCAUCUACGUUGGCGAGUUCGUUGGAGCCUUGAUCGCAGCACCCAUCAACGACAAGUUCGGACGCAGAGCAGUUUUCGCCACGGCCUCCGUUUGCAUCAUUCUGGGCGCCAUCAUCCAGGUCUGCGCGUACAGCAUUGAAGGCGUCUUCUACGUUGGCAGAGUCUUUGUCGGUCUUGGUGUUGGCCAGUUCACGGCAACAUGCUUGGUCUACGUCGCAGACGUUGCUCCAAGCGCGAUCCGUGGCCCCGCCCUCAUGAUGUUCCAGUUCAUGCAGUCGAUCUCGCAGUUCGUCGGAGCUUGCGUUAAUCAGGGAACGGAGACGAUCGAUGGCAAAGCCCAAUACCAGCUUCCAAUGAGCUUGCUGACGGUGCUGCCAUUGACCAUGCUUAUUCUCCUGAUCUUCACUCCUGAAUCGCCAGUCUGGUUCAUGUCGAAGGGCCGACGUGAGGACGCUAGGAAGGCUCUCAUCAAGAUCAACCGCAGCAAGGCCGACUACACUCCUGAGGCAGACCUCAAGGCCAUCGAUGACCAAAUUGCCGCUGAUGCAGAAAUGGCCGCCGAAUCCAGCUGGUCCUCCCUCCUCUUGGACCCCGUCGAGCGCCGCAAACUGAUCUACGCCUGCGGUGUCAUGUUUGCUCAACAAAUCAACGGAAUUCAAUUCUGGUACACCUACGGCGUCGUCUUCGCACAAUCCAUCGGAGUUGGCGAGCCUUUCACCAUCAACACCAUCAUCUACGUUGUACAAAUCAUCACCGUCGGCUGUUCCGUCAUCUUCGGCAACAAACUCAACCGACGAACCAACCUUCUCGUCUGCACGAUUGGUAUGCUGGUCUCACUCGUCGCAGUCGGCGGUCUCGGAACCACGAAGGACGCAAACGGAGAGUUCUCCCGCGGCAUCGGCAUCGGCAUCGUCGUCUUCGCCUACUUCAACAUUGUCUUCUACAACUUCUCGAUCGGCACAUUGUCCUACACCAUCGCCUCGGAAAUGGCUGUCGGCCGUAACAGGAACAAGAUCACUUCUUGCGCACUCGGCACAUUCUUCUUCACUGUCUGGAUGAUGGUCUUCACCAGCCCAUACAUGUACUACGAUGCCGAGCUUGGCCCCAUGGUCGGUUUCGUGUACGCCGGCACCACGCUCUUCACUCUCGCGUACUCUUGGUUCUGUGUCGGAGAAACUACUGGCAGGACGAACGCCCAGCUGGAGAGAUUCUUCCAGGAGAGAAUCCCUUGCAGACAGUGGGAGUCACAUGUUUUCGAGGAUGAGUAUGAGUCUGAUGCCGCUUCGGAGAAGGACAGGAAGGAUGUCGUUACUUCCCAGGUUGAAGAGAAGGCGUGAGCAUAUAUGCUCGUCUGAUACAAUAAAGCCUAGAGGCAUUAUGAUAGAGGAACGAUAAAUAUACCCUAAAGUCUAUUUUUGCAAAGCAGAAGACUUUCAAGUCAGGACUAAGUCCCUCUAUGAGCAAGCACAUAUGGUGCCCAUGCGAGAAAGUGCCAUCUAAUGACUGUUCAAACUAGCUCUCAAUCCCAGCGCCGUUCGCUUUUCUAACUAUGCAUCCAGAACGCCAAUCACAAACCACUCGCUAUCACAUCCA